AUGCCGAAACAUGAGUGUGGUUUGGGUUUUAAAGAUUUACAUUGUUUUAAUCUGGCCUUACUGGCGAAACAAGCGUGGCGGAUCCUUAGGAACCCAAACUCAUUGCUAGCUAGAAUAUACAGAGGAAGAUACCACAAAUCAUCGACAUUCUUAGAGUCGGUGGGUGGAGGCAAUCCAUCUUAUGGAUGGAGAUCAAUACAAGCAGGUAAAAACUUGCUAAGAAAAGGUUUACGUGUACGUAUAGACAACAGAAAGGAGACAAGUGUAUGGGAUGAUCAUUGGCUACCGGUCCUGCCUCCAAGACUGGCCACAAGAAGAUUACCUCCGUCUCAGAUGAAGGUGGAACAACUGUGGAAACCGGGUCUGGGAGAAUGGGAUGAUGCAGCUCUUACUUCUGUCUUAACUCCUGAAGAUGUUGAACUUGCAAAAAUGAUACGCUUGUCUAGGUAUACCACAACUGAUGAUUACUUUUGGGCAUAUAAUAGCAAUGGGGAAUAUAAUGUGAAAUCAUGUUAUUGGGUAGCAACUCAUAUUGUGCCGAACGGAGAGCAGAUAGAACCACCACCAGGAUCCUUAGACCUGAAAAAAGCGUGUGGAAGAUGA